CAAAUCAGCGUCAGAACAGGCCGAGCUAUUAGGUCAUAUGGGUACGGCCUAUGCAAUUGCCAAGGAGCGAGAUAGACCAUACGCCAAAGCAAUUUGGUGUUAUGAACGGGUCUAUGCGCCCAUAAAUCACGAAAAUUCACAUUGGUUUCUGCUAGUCAUCUAUCCUAGAGCAAGAGAAAUUGUUAUUGUGGAUAGCUUGUGCACCCGUUUAUUGCCGAAGUACAAGCAAAAGAUGAAGAUGAUGACUGAUGCACUCCCCAUCCUCUUCCAUGCUACUGGAGACAGCACUGCGCUUGAAGGGAAGAAGUGGACCGUCAGAGUCGAUGAAUGUGCGCCGAAGCAGGACAAUGGUUAUGACUGUGGUAUAUUCGUAAUGAAAUACAUCGACAUUUUGUGUAGCGGUCUCACCUUGGCGGGAAUAGACAUGCAAAAAUUCACCGCCGUUUGGAGGAAGUCAAUAGCAUAUGAUUGCUUGUCUCUAGUUUGUAGAUGAUAUUUGUUUAGGG